AUGUUCUCCACCUCCGUACUCGAGUGCCACAAGUCGCUGGACCAGGCGAUGAAGCAGAGUGUUCUGACCGAGAACCUUCCGGACAGGGCGUCUAAGCGUCCCAGCUGGCCGUCACGACUGGGCCCUGGGCUCUUUGCUUCGGACAAGGAAAACCGGCCCGAGACAGAGGCCCUGGAGAUGAAAGUCACGAAGAGCGCAUGGUGGCUGCAGCAGCGGGAGGCGGAUGCCCUGAAGCAGCAGCAGCUUCAACAACGCCUGCGAGCCGGUGCCGAGGAGCAGCUUCAGCACGUGCGGAGUGCUCGCCGCUCCGAGGGUGGCGCCCUGGAGCCUUCAGAUUCCGGGCUGCGACGCCGCUGCCAAGAGCUGGAGCGCGAGCGCGACUCGCUGGAGCUGCGGGCGAAGGCCGCGCGGCGCCUGGAGGCUGAACUCGAGGCCGAGAAGGCGAAAUCUGCGCGACUGGCACAGCUGCUCCGGGGAUCCGAGGCUGCAACCUGCCGGCUGGGCCUUCACGAGAUGAGCGAGCAGGUCAAAUAUCUCAGCCGCCAAGCAGAUCUCCACGAGGAACAGCUGGCCUUCAUCAGCAACCGAAGGACGGCUUCGGCGCUCGUCCGCUCUAUCGUCCAACGGGUGCUGGCGCGGCAGAGCCCCGAAGCAGAGGUGUGCGGUGCACUGGAUGUGGCGGUUCAAGCCGAGCUGGGCACCGAAGCCGAGGAGCUGUCGACUCUCCGCUCCGAGCUGGCGGAUGCCCGAGCUGCUGCGGAGGUUCGGCGGAGCUGUGGCCGAGAGGUCCGCGAGGGGCUCCAGAAAGACUGCGAACGCUGGCGCCGUCAUGCGGAGGGACUGGAGAAGCAGGUGGACCAGCUGGGCCGCAGCAUGCAAGGUUGCGAGACCUGCACGGCGAUGCUGGCUGAGAGCCAGGAACUGGCUCUGACCAUCACGGCCCUCAAGAACCAGUGUGACGGUCUGGAGGUGGAAAGAAAGAGCCUGGCAAGCAAAGUUGACUCUCUCCAGGAGAGCCUGGAGGAAGUGUCCUCCUCGCAUGCGGAGUUGGCAGGGCACGCGAACCAUCGGCAGAAGAUCCGACACACCCUGCAGCUGAAGGACGACAGGGACAGCUAUCGGGAGGAGAACUUCCGCCUCAAGCAGCGCAUCCUUCAGUUGGAGGCGAGGAACAGCAGCCAGGGCAUCGUGCAAGCAGUGGCUGGCCAUUCAGGAAGUGAGCUCCGUGGCAGUCGAGUCUCUCGUUUGAGUUCCAGGCCAGCUUCACGUGGUGGCACGGAUGGUCUCGAUGGCUCGCAGCGAUGCCUGCAGAAGCGCUGCCAGCAACUGGAGCGAGAGUUGGAGCGGAACAAGAUCAAUGUGACGCAUUUCCUCGCCAUCAUCGAGAGGGCAGUGCCGAGCAAGGGUGGGGCUCAGAAGCCCAAGGAUGACACCUACGCUGCCACCUCCAGGGAAAUGAUGGAGCGCCAAAACGAUGAGGCCAUCGAAGACCUGGAGGCGAAGGUUGGGCAGCUCAAGGACAUUACGAGGAACAUUGGCUCCUCGAUCAAGGACUCCAACAGCUUGCUCGAUCAGAUGGGUAUCGACUUCGACAAGGCUGCCGGGCUUCUCAAGGGCACCCUGGGCAACCUGAAGGGGAUGAUGGCGAACAAGAGCAGCAAGCACAUGAUCUACAUGGUGCUCUUUGUCGUAUGCCUGUUCCUCCUGAUGUACUUCCUGAGGAAGAUGAGCUUCGGUGGGUCCGGGGGUGCGGCAUCCAUACAACUGAAGGAGAAUGCCUCCAGCGGUGAUUGA